AUGGCGCUCGACGAGUACUACCGCAACAAGAUCGAGAGCAUGAAGCUCGAGAUCCUCAAGGGCCAAGCUGCUCUCCGACGUCUCGAAGCUCAACGAAAUGACUACAACUCGCGCGUGCGGUUACUGAGAGAGGAGCUCGGUCUGCUGCAGCAGCCGGGGUCCUAUGUCGGCGAGGUGGUCAAGGUGAUGAGCACCAAGAAGAUCCUCGUCAAGGUGCACCCAGAGGGCAAAUACGUGGUCGACGUGUCAGACAGCGUGGACGUCGGCAAGCUCACGCCUGGCAAGCGCGUGACGCUCCUAUCCGACAGCUACAAACUUGAGAAGCUCCUCCCUUCCUCUGUCGAUCCCCUCGUCUCGCUGAUGAUGGUCGAGAAGGUGCCGGACAGCACAUACGACAUGAUUGGUGGUCUGGACCAGCAGAUCAAGGAGAUUAAGGAAGUCAUCGAACUUGGUCUCAAGCACCCCGAGCUCUUCGAAUCGCUCGGCAUCGCACAGCCCAAGGGCGUCCUGCUCUACGGGCCCCCCGGUACAGGAAAGACCCUGCUGGCACGAGCGGUCGCGCAUCACACGGCUUGCAAGUUUAUCAGGGUCUCGGGAUCAGAACUUGUGCAAAAGUACAUUGGUGAGGGUAGCCGCAUGGUCCGAGAGCUGUUCAUCAUGGCACGUGAACAUGCGCCUUCAAUCAUCUUCAUGGAUGAGAUUGACAGCAUCGGUUCCUCGCGUGUCGAGGGCUCCUCUGGUGGUGAUUCAGAGGUCCAGCGAACAAUGUUGGAGCUGCUCAAUCAGCUGGACGGUUUCGAGCCGACAAAGAACAUCAAAAUCAUCAUGGCCACCAAUCGUCUCGACAUUCUCGACCCAGCGUUGCUACGACCCGGACGUAUCGACCGCAAGAUCGAGUUCCCCCCACCUAGCGUCGAGGCACGUGCAGACAUUCUGCGCAUUCACAGCAGGAAGAUGAACCUGACCCGUGGCAUCAACCUGAACAAGAUUGCAGAGAAAAUGAACGGUUGCUCGGGAGCCGAGCUGAAGGGUGUCUGCACGGAAGCUGGCAUGUACGCGCUGCGUGAGCGCAGAGUGCACGUCACACAGGAGGACUUUGAGCUGGCGACCGCCAAGAUCCUCAACAAGCACGACGACAAGGAGGUGUCGCUCGGCAAAUUGUGGAAGUAA